CUGCUAUAAGUUUGAUUAGAGAAAGACAAGGAGGCGUGGGUCUUGGAGCUCAGUCGUGAAGAGGCGUGGGUCUGGAUUGCGCACAAGAGCUGACGGUGCGUUCAUGAACGCACUCACCCUGUGGUUUGCUUGGAUCCAAGUCAAGGGGAUGCAGUUGUAGCUUCGCUUUUGGUUUUUUUUUACUCGAGAAGACAAUAUUUUCUAGAAGAGUGCAAGACCUGCACCAGUUUUGCAAUUCCCCUCCCACUUUCCGUCAAAAUGUUCCCGGGGCGAGUUCGCUCAAAGACGCCGGGGACGGGCGCUCUCGUGGCCCGCUCGCUGCUGUGCCUCGCCGGGCUUCUGCUUGCUUUUCUUCCUGGAUGUGGAGCCUUCAACCUGGACGUGGAAAAUCCGUCUGUUUACAGUGGGGACAACGGAAGCUACUUUGGAUACGCGGUCGACUUUUAUUUGGCUGACUCUGCCAGUGCCAGCGUGGUGGUGGGCGCUCCCAAGGCUCACACCAAGCAAAUCAACAUUGUUGAGGGAGGCUCCGUCUCCUACUGUCCCUGGAGCCUCGGCCAAACCGAUUGCCACACUAUCGGAUUUGACACAAAAGGUGCUCGUGUCGUCUUGAUCAACAACACGGAACAUCAGAUCGAGUUCAAGUCGCACCAAUGGUUCGGAGCCACGGUGCGUUCCCACGGUGACACGAUUCUGGCCUGCGCACCUCUCUACUCGUGGCGGACCGAAAAGGACAUACCUCGCUCGGACGCCACUGGGACCUGCUACCUCUCCGUUCAGAAUUUUACCAAAUUUGUGGAGUACGCACCUUGUCGAACAGAAAUCAGCGAUGAGGGAGGACAAGGAUACUGCCAAGGAGGAUUCAGUGCUGACUUUACCACGGACGGUCGAGUGGUGUUGGGUGGGCCGGGCAGCUACUUCUGGCAAGGUCAAGUGAUCUCAGCAGAUAAAGAGGACAUUAUUGAGGCCUACUACCCGGGCUACUUUAUGCAGUCUGUGGGCGGUCAAAUCCAAACAAAACAGGUCCAGGCUAAACAUGAUGACAGCUACCAAGGUUAUUCGGUGGCUGUGGGGGAGUUCAGUGGCGAUCAAGUUGAAGAUUUUGUGGCUGGCGUUCCAAAAGGAGUCAUGCUUUAUGGUUUGGUUUCCAUUCUAAAUGGAACAGACUUGAAGAUGAUGAUUAACUACACGGGCGAGCAGAUGGGAUCAUAUUUUGGCUAUGCAGUGGCCACCACUGACAUCAACAGUGAUGGAAUGAUCGACUUGCUGGUGGGCGCCCCCAUGUUCAUGACACGAGGCUCUGACGGCCGCCUGGAAGAAAUGGGCCGAGUCUACGUAUACCUGCAGCGGGCUCCCUUGAGCCUGGAACUCGGGCCACUUCAUCUGACAGGCACUCAGGUGUUUGGCAGAUUCGGCAGCACCAUUGCACCCUUGGGUGAUUUGAACCAGGAUGGAUUCAAUGAUGUGGCUGUGAGCAGUCCAUUUGGCGGAGAGGAGCAGCAGGGCUUGGUUUACAUCUUCAACGGCUUCCACCAAGGCCUCAAAGAGAAGCCAUCCCAGGUGAUUGCGGGCCAGUGGGCCGCAGGUUCCAUUCCCGCCAGUUUUGGCUUCGCUCUCAGAGGGGCCAAGGAUCUGGAUAGGAAUGGUUACCCAGAUCUUAUUGUUGGUGCCUUUGGAGUUGAUAAGGCUGUUCUCUACAGAUCCCGGCCCAUCGUCAACACCAGCGCCUCGCUGACUGUGUACCCCACCAUGAUCAACCCCGAAGAGAAGAACUGCAUGAUCACAAACGGGAACACAAGUAUUUCCGUUUCUUGCGUCAACUUGAGUUUCUGCAUAUCGGCUGAUGGGAAGCACCUACCCGACGUUCUCGAUUUCCAGGUGGAGUUGCAGCUUGACAGUCAGAAGUUGAAGCAGAAAGGAGCGGUGAGACGAGCUCUUUUCCUGGAUUCCCAGCAGCCUUUGCUGCAGAGGAACAUACGUGUGCGCCACGGCGAGCGUGUCUGCAACCACACCAAGAUCUACCUCAGGGAUGAGAAGGAAUUCAGGGAUAAACUCUCCUCAAUCUUGGUGGCGUUGAACUUCAGCCUGGAUUCCAAAGCUGCUGCGGAUCAGCACGGCCUGCGACCCAUUCUCAACUAUCAAUCCGCCAACAAUAUAGAGCAAAAGGCUCAGAUUCUGCUGGAUUGCGGAGAAGACAACAUCUGCGUCCCUGAUUUGAAGCUGGCAGUCCACGGGGACAGAAAGGAAGUGUACCUGGGCGAUGACAACGCCCUGACCUUGACUUUCAACGCCAGGAAUGAGGGCGAGGGUGGCGCCUACGAGGCAGAGCUCUACGUGGUGCUACCACCCGAGGCCGACUACAGCGGCAUAGCCCGUAAUAAUGAGAGCUUGACCCAGCUGACCUGCAGCUACGACACAGAGAACCAGACCCGAUACCUCAGUUGUGAUCUGGGGAACCCCAUGAAGUCUGGCACCAGUCUUUGGGCAGGUCUUCGUUUCACGGUGCCUCGACUUAAAGACACGCACAAAACGGUCCAGUUUGAGCUGCAGAUUCGCAGUAAGAAUGAGAACAACUCUCACAGCGAGGUGGCGCCUUACAAGUUGGAGGUGGUCGUCCAAGCUGAGGUCAUCCUGCAAGGGGUGUCUCGCCCAGAUAAGGUCUUCUUCCCACCGGCCAACUGGAAGGUGACCAAGAACUACGAAAUGGAGCAGGAAGUGGGGCCAGCAGUGGAACACAUCUACGAGUUGGUGAACAAUGGGCCCAGUCGAAUCAGCCACACGCUUCUGGAGCUGCGCUGCCCCUUGGCCGCCCAGGGCCACAAUCUGCUUUACCCCCUUGAGUUCUCCACCGAGGGCCCCAUAAACUGCACCUCCGACAGCAACGUGAACCGCCUCCAACUCAGACUCCAACACACGGCAACAGAAUCACCUCAUCUGGCUCUGAGGGCCCAGGAGCACCGUGUGGAAAGGCGGGAGGCGCACAAGAACCCGCUCGCGCACUCGACAAACCUGUCUUGCUCCAAUGUGAACUGCUGGGCCCUGCAGUGUCAAGUGGGUCUCCUGGAGAAGGGGACCACGGCCAUCCUCAAAGUGCGCUCCCGCGUCUGGGCGGAGACAUUCAUGGAGAGAGCAUACAAGCAGUAUGUGCUGGAGUGCCUGGCCAGAUACAGUGUGAAGACCAUGCCCUAUGCCAUCCUACCCAAACAUGUUCCCAGUGGACACAAAAAGGUGGUGACCCCAGUGGUGUGGAACAAACCUGACAUUGACAACUCGGUCCCACUAUGGAUCAUCAUCUUGGCCAUUCUGGCAGGUUUGCUGCUUCUGGCCUUGCUCAUCUAUGUCCUGUACAAGUUCGGCUUCUUCAAGAGAUCCCUCCCGUACGGCACCGCCAUGGAGAAAGCCCAACUCAAACCGCAGGCUGCCUCGGAGGCCUGAGCGGCCCACGCGAGCCAGGCUCCCUCUAGCAGGGCCGCAGAACCACAGAACCAGGCCACAUGAUUGCAAGGGAGACACACGACGGAAGAUUGCAAAGCAGCAGCAAAAAAAGAAAAAAAAGAAAAAGAGACCACUGGAACUACUAGACUGGUCAGAAGACAAUUCCAGACAUACUCCAAACCAAAUGAAUGUUUGUUUUGUAUUUAUGUUUGUCAGCAGGUCGCUUGGCAAAGUAGAUCAUUAGGAUCAUUUUUUAAAUGUAGUAUAUGAAUGCAGCUGACCUGUCCAGGAUGCUCACAGGAUUGUCUCCAGCAUCCAGGACAGGUUACGCAGGUAUAGACAACCGCCAGGUCAGACGCUUUGUGUCCAACCGCCAGGUCAGACACUUUGUGUCCGUCCAUGGCGGCAAUCUCUCUGCCUCAGGUCGGAGGAUGGUGCUGCGUUGAGUUGUUUUUGCACUCAAAGAAAAUCUACUGAUUCACUUCCAAAGAUGCCAAAGACUGACUCGCGCUCCUCACGGGUUUUCAAGUUGCCUGCUACUGAUCGCUUUGCUUGUUCGCCAGAACCUCUAAAUAACUCGAGACGGGACUGGAACUGGACAAAGCCUUGCUUUAAAAGUUCCGCCAGAGGACGUUUUCUGGACUCUGAAAAGUCACGAUGCCUCGAACCAAAGCCCUGAACGUGACAAUCAGCAGAGUUGUAGCCUACACAGAAGGUUCAUGUCUGGAGCGGUUUCUGCGAGUGUGAAGGAGCCCAUUUUCAGCUUGGUGUUACUGUGACAAACUAUUUAUGACCCGUUUGACUAAGAGAGGGAAAAACAAAAUCAGAUCACAACCAAAAGACUGCAGGACUGAACUUGAUCCAGAGAAGUGUUGAGAUUUCUUUUCAGUUUGAUUUUAGUCUUGUUCUUGGACUUUGACAUGCAAAUACUUUGACUUUUGAGUGAGAUAGCGUACAUGCAUUUGUGUGAAUGGCAUAUUUAUGAAUGUUAGUUUUAUUGUAUGAAUUCCUUCUGCGUUCCCACCGGCAGGUCCUGGUUAGCCCCUCUGAGUGUUGACGACGGCUUUCCACCAUGACAUGUCGCCACCAUCCACAUUUUACUAUCAAAGUCUUGAUACGGGAAAAAAAAAUCAAUUAUCAGAAUAUUGCCUAAUAUUUUAAUAAUCGAUAAGCGGAGACUCGUUUCUAUUUUUGUGUUUCAAAUUUGAAAUCACCGCUUUUACUUUGGAGAACAAUGUCAUCAAUCCUACUUGUGUGAUAUUGCUUAACUGUUGUUUAGUUUUUCUUUAAAUACUAAAUAAUACCGUAUAAAUAAAAUAAUUGGUUAAUAAAACUGUUAAAAGGAAAAACACGUUUUUCAAUACACUGACGGCAAUACAAUUGUGAUUAUUUUAUUAAUCGAUGGAAUAAUUUUUAGAAUAAUCAAUUCUGAAAACAGCCCACCCUUUCCCUUGUCAUUGAUGAAGUAUCACAAUACUGUUGUCGUUCUAAUUUGUGUCUUGUGGUCUUUUGAUCGUAUUAUACUAUCGUAUUGCAAUACUGCCGUCCCAAGUCUCAUUUUGGCAUCAGAAAUGGGCCAACCAGGCACUGGGAGCUUGUUUAGAUGUGCAAUAUUUAUAGUCCACCCCCCCCCCCCCUCCCCCCUCCCAAGUCAUUGUUUUGUAUGCAUUCUAUUUUAGUUUUGUUACGCAAUCUAAAGUGUUGUUUGCGAUAAGCACAUACGUAUUUCAUUGUUCAGGUUCGUCUUUGCUGAGAUUACACUUUGAAUAAAUUUGUCACCACUUUGUUGCACGGAUAAAGAGCACCAACCUUGGAGAGCUGACAUGAUGAAUAAUGAUGCGCUGUAUGGUUGCCUCCAUCCCGACAUGGCUGUUUUACUAAACACGGUUCACGUUUGUUUGCCUCACUAACCACCCCCCUCACCUAUAGUAUACAGAUUUAAUGUUUUUCAAAUUGUCUACAAGAUUCUUCCUAAUUUAUAAGAACGGGGUGUCACCUCCAUCGUCCCCUGUGGUUACACCAUGUGAAGGCACUGCACCUCUUGCCACCUUUAUUUUGUUUUGAAUUGUGGCCUUUGUCCUAGCCUUCUUCCUUUCUCUUCCAAAAAGUCGUUGUACAUAUUUAUGACUAGGAGAGUAUUUCCAAAUGGUAACUUGUGAAUUUUCUCACCCCAUAUUGGGGAUUCAUUUUAAUUUUGCUGGAUGGAGAGGGCGCAUCUUGUAGGUUAAUUGUUCCUGCUAUGAGUUAGAAAUUUCUACUUUGUAUGAUUUGUAUUUUAAAUAAACUGUUUCCCUUUUUAACAAA